AUGAAUUACCAGAAUUUGAAUUGUAGUAGUAACUACGGCCAGGACGUCGCCUCUCGCGUCAACGUCCUCGCCUCGUGCUACGUCGUCGAUCCCGCUGCCGGCCUCAAAGGCCUCCAUUACUGCACUACGGGGGCCACAGGGGCGGAGUGCCCCCCCCUCGCCGCAUUAACCUCGUCCAACAAGCUCGCUCUUCUACCAAAGAACAAGAAGCGCGACAUUCCGGGCCGCCGCCUGGAGCGACGAGGGGGGGCAGCACUCGCGAUCAGGGAAGAAUGUGAGAGAUUCUUUUGCGAGUCCAUGAAGACGGUGUUCCUUGGUGAGAGGGACCUGUCGAUGUAUGGCUCCGGCCUGUCCGGUGCUUAUUUGCAGACACCGCCGCCAGAAGAUGUUAUCGCUCAGGCACUCCACGACGGCGCCGAUCCCGAGCCUCCUGGCCUCGUGGUGGACGCAUGGAUGGAGGUCUGGGAUUAUGCCGGCGGCGCCAGUUUCCGUGCCUUUGUCGUAAACGACGGACUCGAGAACUCGCUGUUUGUCUUCUUCGACACCCAAGGCGUCAUGGGAAGAGACCUCAAGAGAGCACUCAUGGCUCUCAUUGAGCUCGCCGAUGGCCCUCUGGACUGCAGCCACAUUGUCACUUGCAUCGAUCGCUGCUUGCCCGCAGAAGAGGCGCACGAGCUGACAAAGAGCCUGCAGUGGGUUGGCUUCGACAUGGCCACCCUGGACCAUUGGGCACACGAUUUGGACGUUACCAGCAAGAAAUGGGUCUUUAUGGGCAUGGAGCUUUAG